CCCACCUCUCUCGCAGGGUCUGAUGGGAGUCGAUCUCCGGGUUAUUACUGGUAUGGAGCCGGGAGUUGCUGGGGUGUGCACGGUGGGCUUCGGCAGCACCAAACCGUGGCGGCGGGAGCCGGGGAUAGGGGCCAAGACGGGGGCUCCGAGGCCUGAUGCGAAGGAAGCCCGUCUGUUCCUGCUCUGCGUGUACCUGGUGGGAUUCUUGGAUUUGUUUGGUGUCAGCAUGGUUGUCCCUUUAUUGAACGUUCACAUUAAGUCUCUUGGAGCAAGUCCAACAGUUGCUGGAAUUGUAGGGUCCUCCUAUGGCAUUCUGCAGCUUUUUUCUAGCACAGUGGUGGGCUGCUGGAGUGAUGUGGUUGGAAGGCGGUUUUCCUUGCUGGUGUGCAUUCUCUUUAGUGCCUUGGGUUAUCUUAUUCUUGGAGCAUCUACCAACGUAUUCCUGUUUGCUCUUGGCAGAGUCCCUGUGGGUAUUUUUAAACAUACACUCUCUAUUUCAAGGGCUUUGCUUUCUGAUCUGGUUCCAGAGAAGGAAUGGCCAUUAGUCAUUGGACAGUUAAAUACAGCAUCUAGUGUGGGCUUCAUUUUGGGCCCCAUGGUCGGGGGCUAUCUUAUUGAACUAGAUGGUGGAUUUUAUCUCACAUGCCUCAUCUGUUUUUGUGUCUUCAUUCUCAAUGCUGGUCUUGUUUGGCUGUUUCCAUGGAGUGAAAUAAAAGUCAGUAGUACAAAGAAUAGCCUGCGAUUGGGUAACAACUAUGCAUCUUUGAGAAAGACAGACCAUGAAGUUCAGGAGGCAAACCCUAGCCCUGGGAGCGUGGUGAGUGAGAAGACCCCCAGGCCACCCUGGAUGGAAGUCAUAUCCACACUGCAGGACAUGAAGAGCCUAAUAUUUUCUGAAAUAUGGGACGUAUUUCUAGUGCGUUUGCUGAUGGCCAUGGCAGCCCUGCUCUACCAUAGUAAUUUUGUCUUAGCUCUCAAGGAGCGCUUUGGAGUGAGGCCUGUGGUGGCAGGCUACCUCAUCAGUUACAGCAGCACCCUGGGGGCCCUGGCUGGCUUGGUCCUGGGUCCCAUCCUGCGGCUGUACAGGCACAACUCCCACAGGGUCCUGCUGCACUCCAGUAUGCUGACCUUCCUGCUCCUGUUACUCUAUUCCAUGGCCCCCACCAUGGGAACUGUCAUUUUCUCCUCCACGCUCCUGGCCUUCUCCACGGCCAUUGGCAGGACUUGCAUUACAGACCUCCAGCUAACCAUGGGUGGGGCCCAGGCCAGGGGCACCCUCAUAGGCUUGGGGCAAUCAGUGACGGCAAUGGGUCGGGUCAUGGCCCCCAUCCUCUCUGGAGUUGCCCAGGAAGUCAGUCCUUGUGGCCCACCCUGUCUGGGGGCUGCAUUAGCCUUGGUGGCUGUUUUUAUAAUGUCACUAAAUAAACCUCGCUAUGGUGGUGAUAGGACCAAUAGAUUAAAAAGUGAAUAGAAUGAAUUUAGAUAACACAAAGAAGCAAAAUUGAAGGUGGUGAAUGAGGGGCAAAGGCCAGGUGAGAAGGGUGUUUUGUAAAGGGUGGGUGAUCUAAGUGAAGACAUAUUUCCACUCAAGUUCCAGUCAGCCUCCAGCUCUACAUUCAGCCCUGUGGAUGAGCAGAAGUCAGAGCCUUGCCAAAGGGGAACAUAUUAAAUAUAUACCUAAAAGUCUUUUCUUCUCAUGUGGGUCAGUGAGCAUAAAUCAAGGGGAAAAGAGCCACCAGCUACAGGAUAAGAAGAUAGUGAUGGGAUGAGAGAACCUGGUAAGUGCAAGAAGGGAAGAGACCCAAGUAUUUUCUUUCAAAUAAAAAUAGGGUAACAUUAGUGCUGAUCAGCUAGGAUACAGGUUCCUUUCAAUUGUGUAAGCGAAAAGGGAGAUUUUCUACUGUCAAAAUGCUAGAGAUUGAAGAAGCUGCUUUAUUAAAGCUAGUUUGUCACUUCCUCAAGUCAUAACAAGGUUAUGAAUGCUAGUUCCACCUGGGGACCUGGUUAAAAAUCAGAUGUUCACUCUCACCCCUGAGACUGAUUACAUGGGCCUAGGUGAGGCCAGAUAUCUGUUGUGUAUGGUUAAGUACCACUUGCAGUUCCUCAUGGAAUUUGACAAAGGAUUCGAUUAGAGUAAAACCCAGAGGAAGAUUUGGUUUUAUUGGUAGCUAACUCAGUUUGUACUGUUGGUUAAAAUGUAAUCAAAUGUGUUAUACUUUCCCCAGCUACUAGCAUUGUACCCCAUAACAUUUUGUAAAGAAUAAGAGAGUGUCAGGUGUCAUACCUUACUGGAGGGACUUAAUUCUGGAGUGUCUUGUGUUGAAAAUCAUUACCUUUACUAUCACAGAAGAGCCUAUGUUGGUCUACAGGGACACAUUUUGGUGUGCGUUUUCCUGGUCCUAGACUGAGCUGCCAUUCCAGAAUUAGUGCCCAAGGAAUGAAGGGCCCAGAAUGAGAUUAGCACAGGCUUGCACAAAGGCAUUUGUAAAGCACAUCCCAACCAUUGGGAUGACAUCAGUUAUUAAUAAAAAUUAUUUAGGAGCUCCCUCUAUUUUCCUCAUACAAACUACCAAAAUGCACAUUCCUGUCAACCUUAAUUAGCUCAGUAGGGUAUUAUUCCUGCUUUCACCCCAAAGCACAUAUAAUUGUAAAUAAUAUUUUAACACCCUAAAUUUUUAUAAUUUUAGUACUUCCUGUAUGUUAAGCAGAAAAAAAUAUUUCUCUAGUGUUAGAAGUUGCAUAUGGGGUAAACUCAAGUACUUAUGAUAACAAAUUGAUUGGAAAUUUGAAGAUUGUUCUUUAUGAGAAAAAUAUAAACUUUUUAUUCUGUUGUAAUUCUGAACUUUUAUAUUGGGUCGGCCAGAAAGUUUGUUUGGUUUCUGUAAAAUGGCUCUAGUAGCGCUUAGUUAUCUUUAACUUCACUUGAAAUAAUUUGGUUAGAUUGUAUUGUGACAGCUGUUAUAACAGCAUACAUUUAAAAAGAAAAACAUCAAGAUUGGUGUUUUUUUUGUGUGUGUAGCCAUUUUAAAAUUGAAAAUGGAAGAAAAUAGUCCUGACUGGUGUGGCUCAGUGGAUUGAGUACUGACCUGCAAACCAAAAGGUCACCUGUUCAAUUCCUAGUCAGGGCACAUGCCUGGGUUUCGUGCCAGGUCCCCAGUAGGGGGCGCACAAGAGGCAACCACACAUUGAUGUUUCUCUCCUCUUUCUCCCUCCUUCCCCUCUGUCUAAAAAUAAAUAAGUAAAAUCUUAAAAAAGAAAGUAAGAAAAUGGGAGAAAAUAUCAACAUUUUCAGAGUAUUAUGCUUUAUUAUUUCAAGAAAGGUAAAAACACAACUGAAAUGCGAAAAAAGAUUUGUGAGGUGUAUAGAGAAGGUGCUAUGACUGAUGGACCAUGUCAAAAGUGUUUUGCAAAGUUUUGUGCUGGAGAUUUCUCGCUAGGUGAUGCUGCAUGGUCAGGUAAACCAGUUGAAGUUGAUAGGGAUAAAAAUUGAGACAAUAACUGAGAACAAUCACUGUUACACCAUGUGAGGAGAUAGCCAACAUACUCAAAUACCCAAAUCAAUAAAGUUAUUGGUGAAAAUGAAAAAUGUGUCUUUUAUGGAAAAAAGUAAACAGACCUUUUGGCCAACCCAGGUCCUUAGUGCCUUAGAGGGGACUGAAGUAUGAUAUAAAAUGACCUUGCCCUUUAGUAGUAUAGCAACUCAUCAUGGAAAUUAGGCUCAAAAGCCAAUAAACCAAGGCUUUUUGUAAUAAAGUAGAAUUUCAGAAGAAUUUCUCUAAAAAUUGUCUUUUCUUCACUCUCAGAAAUAGACAAAUUCCUUAGAAGCCAUUAAAUAUGGCCUAGAUAAAUCAUAGCACUUUAUUUCCAAAGUUAAAUAAAAACCUGUAAACUUAAUGAGGGUUUACAGUUAAGCAAAGACUGAUCUUAGUCUAGAGAGUAGAGGAAUGUUUUUGUUAUCCUCCACUGGUAGUUUCUGUGUUUUGUUCAGGUGAUUUUUUAAAAAAUAUUUUGUCAUAGCUCCUCUUACUAGUCUGAUGUGCUGUUGCUAUUCAAGGUGUGUUCUGGGACCAGCAGGGUCAGGGUUCCUGGAGCAGAUGCCCCACUUCAGACCUGCUGGAGACCAUUUCACAAGACACUCAGCUGCUUUGUAUAUACAGCAAAGUUUGAAAAUCACUAUUGUAAUGGAUAAUAUUUGUACAGUUUAUGGAAUAUGACCUCAGGGAUAUUAAAUCUGCUCAAUUAAAAUCUGUGUUGAUUUUUAAAUGGUUUUGAGUAUCGUUUGUAAUCCUUUCCAAAGUAUUAGCUUGAGCCCCAUGAAAUUGUAAUUUUUGUAAGUCAAAAAUAUCUGCAGUUUCAUGUGAUUCAACUUAAUUCUUAUAUGUAAUCUUUAGAGGCAUUGAACUUAACUUGAAAAAUUUAUAUAGGAAGUGGCACUCUUACAACAUUAUGCCAACCAUAAUUGGUAAGUACUGUGAAACAACCUCAGAGUGUGGAGUGUUAGAAUGCUUGGCUUUUUCAACAGAGGGGAGGGAGGUAUAUCUCUGCCCUCAUGUCCAAAGGUAUGAGCUGUAUGCAGAAAGGGAACAGGCAAUGCCUGGCCAUGAGAGUAAUGUGCAGGGCUCCACUUCUCAGGCACGAUGGCCUGGAGCAGGGAAGUCUGGAGUUAUGCAUGAAGCAAAUAGCAGGGGCCAGAGUCAGUGGUUCUCUACCCUGGCUGCCCAGAUCCUGUCCUGGACCUGGGGAACCAGGUUCUGAAGUGCCUCGUGUUUUUAAUGCACACCCAGAGUGGAGAAUCACAGGGUUAGACCUGAAAGGGCUCAUCCUCUGGGCCAUUGGUGAGCUUUUCUGGCAGGUGAGGGAGAACCACUGGUCCUUUUGUGUGUUAGUAGGAUCCUCUGGCUAUAGCAAGAAAUAUUAAUGGGAGGCCAAGAAGGGAGCCAUCUAGACUUUGGAGUAGUAAACCAGAGGACCAUGAGGGGGAAGUAGUCCUGGGCACUGAAAGAAGGUAGUAGGUAGGGGGCAAAACCCAGAAAUCCUGGCGACUGUUAAGGUGUGGCUGCAGAGAGAUUCUUGGAGGGCCCCUGAGUAACAACACUUGGGCCUGCUCUAGGCAAAGCUAAGUGAGGUAAGGUUAGAAAGACCUUUAAUGAGAGUGGAGCACAUUCUGCCCUAUCCUUUGUUAACUGGCAGAGAACAUAUGUGGACAUUGAUGGGAAUUCUCUAGAACAUUAAGAAGGCAUCUAUCUUUUCUUGAGGAUGUUUCUGUAAAAAAUCCGUUGGGAGUGGGAGGCAUUUCAAGCUAGGGGACAUUUCAAGCAUUUGGUCAACUGCUUAUGGGAGAAUAGCUUUUUUUUUUGGAAUACAUAGUAAAAGCCAGCAUGGUGAUCUCCCCAGAUCACUUUGUUCUUUAAGAAGUCUUGAAAUAGAUUACCACAGACCCAACCAGGAUUGUGUGUGUGUGUGUGUGUGUGUGUGUGUGUGUGUGUGUAAUGCAGCUGUUCUUGGAACUGCGGAACCAGGCUCUAAAAUAUCUAGUGUUUAUGAUGUAUACCCAGAGUUGAGAAUCAUGGGGUUAGAACCUAAAAAAGAAACAUUUUUCAGUUCUAAUUUUUUUCUGAAAAAUUUGCCAGUUACAUGACAAUCAUUUUCUUUAAUAAAAUCUUUUAAAAUUGUAAUGAAAUGUUUAUUCUGAUUAUUAAUUCUUAGAAGCCAUUGUUUGCAUCCUGAUGUAUAUUUUAAAGUAGGGUACUGAAGUGCUUGAAAGUUCUAAUCUAUAGUAUGCUAAAACAUAUCUUAAUAAAAAACAAGCCUUUGUCUUUUCUAACCGUAUACUAAUACAUAUAUAAUCUGAAAUUCUACACUGAUGGCAAGGAAAUAGUUUCAAGAUAACAUGUUUUACUUCUAAGUAAUCAGAUGCACAAGUACUACCUAUUUUAAAACAUUUUACUUUAGAUGUCUUAUUUUCCCAUAUUGUCUAAACUCACCAUUUUGUAGAUAGCUGUCUGUUAUGAAAGCAGUUACAGAAUAUCCGCUGUUCUAUAAUUCACUACGCUGGAAGAAACAGUGCCAAUUGUUAUUUUGAAAAUGGAUAUUCUCAAAAAGUUUGUGUUGUUCCUGGAGGGAAGCAAUCAUUAUAAACACUAUGGAAGUAGAGUUAAUUACUAAUAAUUUAAAUGGCAUAAAAGUGGACUGUAAGCAUCAUGGUUGAACAAAGCACUGUAUUUUGAUCACUGUGGGUUUAAAAUAUACUACAUACUGGUAAAUAAAAAUUCAUUUUCCAAAUUAUACACUGUGGAGGACAGAACUAGUUAAAAUACCUAUUAAUAGUUACAGUUUAUCAUGUGAGAUAAGAGAUGAUCUUUCUUCAGGCUUACCGAAGAAUCUAUUUCAUUUUGAAUAGCUAGGACUCAGGUUCUUAUCCAGACUGAAAACGACUUUUUUCUAUGAUAGCUCACCUACCAGAACUCUGUUCUGAGUUUGCUGAAUGAAACUGAAACUACGUAAACUAUCCAGAGUGAACCUAAUGGGAUAGGUGUGUUCUGCUGCACAUGUGAUGGGUGUUCCGUGCUUGCCUUUGUCUGUGCCAUGUAGGCUGAAGCACAGGCCAGGGCUCUGUGAAUUCCAACGUCUGGUAGUAACAGGUGAUGAGGUUACUGACCACAGUGAGCAUUUUCUUCUGGUCACUUUCACAGCACCUUCACCAAGCCACUUCGAGCUAAAG